AUGAAUAAUUCGUCAAUGGGUGACUAUUCGUCUCGUGAUAGAGAUAGAGACAGAGAUAGAGAUUAUGGUAGUGGUGGUGGUGGUGGUAGAGAUUACUACAACAGAGAUAGUGGUAGAACUGAUAGCUAUAGAUCUGGUGGUGGUAGCUACGGCGGUGAUAGAGAUAGAGACAGAGACUAUGGAAGCAGUAACAACAAUAGCAGAGACUACAGAGAUGGUGGUCGAACUGAUAGCUAUAGAUCUGGUGGUGGCGGUGGUGGUGAUGGCAGAGACUACAGAGAUAGCAGAUCAUCGUCUUCCUAUCCAUCUUCAUCAUCUUCAUCCUAUUACACUGGAGGUGGUAACAGCAGCAGUCGAUAUGAUUCUCGUGACACUAGAAACGACUAUCGCAACGGUAGCAGCACCAGUGGAAACAGUAGUCGAUAUGAUUCACGUGACACUAGAAACGACUAUCCCAGAGGAGGUGCCGGUGGUGGCGAUCGUUACAACAACGCUCCACAACCACAGUACAAUAUUACAAGUGCACCACCAGCUCCCUACUUUAGCUCAUUCGCACCACCACCACCACCACCAACUUCUUCGUCGUCUUCAUCAUCCUACAACAGUGGUGGAGGUUCAUCUUAUGGUAGUUCCAACGGAAGUGGCGGUGGAUACAGACCAAGCUCUUAUUCAUCAUCGUCUGCAUCAAAUCCAAGCUAUAAUUCAUCAUCGUCAUCGUAUGCACCACCUCCACCAUCAUCAACCUAUCAAGCAAGUACAAGCACAUCCUAUGGUAACUCUGCAUCGUCGUCAUCGUAUCGUGGCGGUAACUCUAGCAAUGGAUAUUCAUCGGGUGCCAGCACAUCGGCUCCCUAUUCAUCGGCUCCUUUCUCAUCGAGCGCAAACUCAACACCAUAUUCGUCGUCGGGACCGAGCUACUCAUCGGGCUCGAGCUACUCAUCGGGUUCAAGCUCAACCUAUUCGUCGUCCACUCCAUACUCAUCGUCCUCAGGAACCUCUGGUGGAUUCAACUCUGGAGCACUCGGUGCCAAUCUCGACAAAAUCAAUUGGGAGACGACCCAACUUUCUAAAUUUGAAAAGAACUUUUACAAAGAAGACGAAGAACUAGCCUCAAUGACUGACCAAGAGGUUGAACAAUACAGAACCUCUGCCGAUAUGACUGUUUUUGGUACAAACAUACCAAAACCAAUUCUUACUUUUUCUCAAUCCCAUUUCCCUCCAUAUAUUAUGAAAGAAAUUGUAGCAGCAGGUUUUGCUGCACCAACUGCUAUCCAAGCACAAUCAUGGCCAGUUGCUUUGAAAGGAAGAGAUAUGAUCGGCUUAGCAGAGACUGGUUCCGGUAAGACAUUGGCAUUCUUGUUGCCAGGUGUCGUUCACAUCAAUGCACAGCCAUUCUUGGAACCAAAUGAUGGUCCAAUCAUGCUAGUUCUUGCACCAACACGUGAGUUGGCAAUGCAGAUUCAAGCCGAGUGCGACAAGUUUGGUUCGAGUUCGAAGAUCAAGAAUUGUGCAGUCUAUGGUGGUGUACCUAAAUUCCAACAGACAUCACAGCUGCGUAGCGGUGUCGAGAUUGUCAUUGCCACACCGGGUCGUCUUAUCGAUCUCUUGGAGACACGUAAAACCAACCUAAAGAGAGUUACCUAUCUCGUUUUGGACGAAGCAGAUCGUAUGUUGGACAUGGGUUUCGAAGAUCAAAUCAGAAAGAUUCUCAGUCAGAUCCGUCCGGAUCGUCAAACUCUAAUGUUUUCUGCUACCUGGCCAAAAGUUGUGCAAUCGCUUGCCAACGACUUCCUCAAAGAUCCAAUCCAAAUCAAGAUUGGUAGUGCUGAAUUGUCUGCUAACCAUAAUGUUAAGCAAAUCAUUGAAAUCUGUGAAAAGAAUGAUAAACAACAGAGACUGUUCUCAUUUUUAGAAAAAGUUGGAGAUGAAAAAUGUAUUAUAUUUAUGGAGACAAAGAAUGGUGUCAAUCUUUUACAGAGAAACAUGCAAGUUGCUGGAUUCAAAUGCGCUGGUAUUCAUGGUGAUAAAACACAAGGAGAGAGAGACUAUUCAUUGCAACAAUUCAAAAAGAGUGGAAUACAAAUGUUGAUUGCUACAGAUGUAGCUUCUCGUGGUCUAGAUGUUAAGGAUAUUAAAUAUGUUAUCAACUAUGACUUCCCCAACACCAUUGAAUCAUACAUUCAUCGUAUUGGUCGUACUGGAAGAGCCGGUGCUACAGGUACUGCCUUCACUCUAUUCACAACCAACGAUAUGCGUUUGGCAGGUGAAUUGAUCACUGUUCUCAUUGAAGCAAAUCAAUAUGUACCACCUUCAUUAGAACAAAUGGCACCAAAUCGUGGAGGAUUUAAGAGUAUCACUGAACAAUAUGGUAGAAGUAAUAACAGAUUCAAUCCAUAUGGAAAAAGAUAA